AUGAUGGAGGUAAACAAGACACAGGUGACAGAGUUUGUUCUCUUGGGGCUUACAGAUCUUCCGGGGCUUCAGGUGCCCCUGUUUCUGGUGUUCUUGGUCAUCUAUCUAACCACCAUGGUGGGCAACCUUGGACUCAUUUUUCUCAUCUGGAAAGAUCCCCAUCUUCACACACCUAUGUACUUACUCCUUGGCAGUUUAGCCUUUGCAGAUGCCUGUUCUUCAUCAUCUGUGACUCCCAAGAUGCUAAUUAAUUUUUUAUCUAAGUAUCACAUGAUAUCCUUGGUUGAGUGCAUCACUCAAUUUUACAUUUUUGCCUCCAGUGCAAACACAGAAUGUUUUCUCCUGGCAGUGAUGGCCUAUGACCGCUAUGUAGCCCUAUGUAACCCCUUGCUUUAUCCAAUAGUGAUGUCCAAUGUCUACUGCUUUCAAUUACUAGGUGUUUCAUAUAUUAUCGGGUUUCUUCAUCCCAUGAUGCAUGUUGGUUUGUUAUUUAGAUUAACUUUCUGCAAGUCCAAUGUAAUACAAUAUUUCUACUGUGAAAUUUUGCAACUGUUUAAAAUUUCCUGUACUGACCCUGGAGUUAAUAUGCUCCUGAUUUUUAUAUUUUCAGUGUUGGUACAAUUUUUCACCUUUAUGACCAUUAUAGUCUCUUACACUCAUGUCUUCUUUGUCAUCCUAAAAAUGAAGCUUGAGAAGGGCAGAAGCAAAGCCUUUUCCACCUGCAGUGCCCACCUGCUCUCUGUUUCCUUGUUCUACGGCACUCUCUUCCUCAUGUAUGUGCGUCCUGGGUCUGACCUCAUUGAAAAUCAGGAUAAAAUGUAUUCUGUAUUUUACACAAUCAUAAUUCCUCUGCUGAAUCCUUUUAUUUACAGUCUGCGGAAUAAAGAGGUUCUAGGUGCCUUGAGGAGAACAAUAAACAAAUAA